UUCACUCGGAACAGAAUGAUAAACCGCAGUCAGGAAAUAAUUCUCCUGAAGUGAUUAAAAAGAAGCAAGAAAUGUAUACGGGAGAAAUUUCAUUAAUUAUUUUUAAAACAUUAGGCGUAUGGCCUUCGGUGAAUUCUAAAGGAUUUAUAACAAUCUACAAUCUUUAUUCCAUUUUUGUAGGAAUAUUAAUUCUCGCAUUCACUGCAACAAAUAUAUUUUAUGUUUUAACUGAGAAUUUCGAACAUGAUGAAUUUUUGGAAAACCUGUUCUACAUCUUUGCUGUUAUAACAUCAUCGGUGAAAAUGAUCUCCAUCUAUUUGAAGCGUGGAAAAAUUCGUGAGAUCUGGAAAUAUUUGAAGGAUAAACAAUUCGAACCUCGUGAUUCAGUGGAGUUUGCUAUUCAAACCAAAUUCGACAAAAUUGGAAGGUUUUUACUAUUUUCUAUUUAUCAAUAAUGUUUAGCAAACCGCGAAAAUCACUAUAAUUAGCGAAUUGCAAUUGUAUUUGAAAACUUUCCUUAAAUUUCAAUAAUCCCUGAUAGUUUUAAAAUAAUUUUCUAAUCAAAGAUAUGGAACAAUAUUCUAUGCAAGCACGAUACUUUUGACAACAAUUGCAAAAACGAUAAUGCCAUUAAUAAUGGGAUUGACAGGAGCGAGUUAUUAUAAUCCCUGGAUUCCUCACAAGUUCGAGAGUAGAAUUUUAUUUUGGCUGACGAUAACAUAUCAAAGUUUGGGUGGUAUCGUAACUGGACAGGCGUCUGCAUCUGGAGAUACAUUUAUUGUGGCAAUGAUGUUGCAAAUUUCAGCACAAUUGGAAAUUCUCACUCACAGAAUGCAAAUAUUUCCUCAACUAUGUGAAAGGAAAUGUCCAAGAAAUCCUGAAAUGCAGCAAAUAUUUCUUAACGAAUGGGUGCAACAUCACAAUUCUUUAUAUAGAUUGAAGGAUGAAUUGAAUGAUGUUUACAAUUACAUAUUUUUCAUUCAAUUUAUAUUGACAACCCUAUCAGUGUGUAUGCUUACAAUUGAAUUGACGACUGUCAGUAUACUAUCUACAACAUUUUGGCAAACAAUAAUGAUUCUAUUUUGCAUCAUAAUGCAAAUUUGCAUACUAUGUUGGAGUGGUGAUCUGGUAAUAGAAAAGAGCAGAUCACUUGGUUCGGCAAUUUUUAUAACAGACUGGAUUUCCCUAACAAAACGAACCAAAUCGAGUCUUGUUCAAAUAAUACAACGAUCAAGCAUUCCAAUUAAAUUCACAGCUGGAUCAUUAGUUCCCUUAUCGAUAGAUACCUUUGGUUCUGUUUUUAUUCUCUCAACUGUUAAAAUGAUAUCCGUCUAUCGAAAACGAAGAAAAAUUCGUGAAAUAUGGAAGUGUCUACAGGGCAAACAAUUCGAACCACGUGAUUCAGUGGAGUUUAGUAUUCAAAGUAAAUUCGACAAAAUUGGAAGAUAUGGAACCAUAUUCUAUGCAUGUAUUAUUGUCAUAAGUACUAUCGCAAAAAUGAUAAAACCAUUAGUAAUUGGAAUAAUUGGCACAACUUUAUACAAUCCUUGGAUUCCACAUACUUUUGAGAAUAAAAUUUUAUUUUGGCUAACAUUUACAUAUCAAACAAUGGGAGGUUUUAUAUGCGGACAAGGAACAACAUCGGGUGAUACUUAUAUUGUGACAAUGAUGUUGCAAAUAUGUGCACAAGUAGAAAUUCUAAUUUAUAGAAUGCAAAUGUUUCCCGAAAUUUCUGUAACAAAAUUUGCCGAAAAGAAGGAAAUGGAACAAAUAUUUCUUAAAGAGUGGGUGAAGCAUCAUGACUUUCUCUACAGAUUAAAGGAUGACUUGAACGAUAUUUAUAAUUACAUAUUUUUUUCCCAAUUCAUGUUGUCAACACUAUCAGUAUGUAUGCUAACAUUUGAAUUAACAACAGUGAAUGUUUUAUCUGCGAUAUUUUGGCAAACAAUAAGCAGAUCUAUUGGUAUGGCAAUUUUUACAUCCGACUGGAUUUGUCUAACGAAGCAGACAAAAUCGAGUCUUGUACAAAUAAUUCAUCGAUCAAUCACUCCAAUUAAAUUUACCGCUGGAUCAUUAGUUCCUAUAUCGAUAGAUACCUUUGGCUCUGUUUAUUCUGCGAUUGGCGUACUCAAUUUACAAUUGUCUUUCGAAACGGUAGAAAAUGUGGUUGCUAAUGGACUAUGGCCAUCGAUGAAUUCAAAAGGCUUGAUGGCAAUCUACAAUCUCUAUACUAUUUUAAUAGCAUUAAUUAUUAUCGCAUUCACAACGACAAACAUAUUUUAUGUUCUAACCGAAAAUUCCGAUGACGAUGAAUUUACGGAAAAUCUAUUUUAUAUCUUUGCCGCUAUGACAGCAUUAAUUAAAAUGUUAGCCGUUUAUUGGAAGCGUGAAAAAAUUCAUGCUCUAUGGAAAUAUUUACAAAGUAAAAAUUUCGAACCACGUGAUUUAGAGGAGUCUCGUAUUCAAGAUAGAUACGACAAAAUUGGAAGAUUCAAAAAUGAAUUGAACAAAAUUUUUGAUUUGGUAUUUGCCGUUCAAUUUACAUUCACAACAUUUGGCGUUUGUUUGCUGACAUUUCAAUUGACGACCUACAAUAUUGCAUCAACGAAAUUCUUAAUUGCAAUUUUGGCACUGUGCUGUACUCUAAUGCAAAUUUGCAUGUUCUGUAUAACUGGAAGUCUGGUAAUCGAGAAGAGCAGAGAAAUUGGCUUUGCAGUAUUCAGUAUCGACUGGUUGUCAUUAACAAAACGGACAAAAUCAAGUUUCAUUCAGAUAAUUACCCGCUCCAAUUCUCCAAUGAUAUUUAAUGCUGGAUCAACAGUUCCGCUAUCGUUAUACACCUUCACUACAAGACAAGAAGAAUAUGAAUCAACGGACAUAAUGUACAGAGCAGAAAUUUCUCUCGCUCUUUUCAAAAUUGCAGGAAUUUGGCCACCGUUAGCAACAACGAAAACCUUCACCACAGUGUACAAUGCAUUUAGCGUUAUUGUCAUUUCCAUUACGAUUCUAUUUACAGUAUCAAAUUUACUCUACAUAUUUAUCGAGCAUACGGAAAUGGAGGAAUUCACAGAUAAUUUAUUUUACUUUCUGGCAUUAUUUGUCGGUUGUCUAAAAAUGUUGGUUAUCUUUAGAAAUCAAAAUGAAAUUCUACAAAUAACAGAAAUUUUACUCAAUCAACAAUUUGUACCACGUGAUAAUGAGGAAGUUAUUAUACAAAAUGGAUUCGAUACAAUUGGAAGAACUGGAACUAUUAUUUUUGCUGGUUUAGUGGUGGCUUCAGUGACGGCAAAAACGACAAUUCCAUUAUUAAAAGGGGAUUUCAAAUCACUUCCGUAUGGUGGAUGGAUACCGUACAAUCUUGACAGUGGAUCAACAUUUUGGUUGACGUUUGUCUUUCAAAGUUUGGGAGCAAUGAUUGUUAGUAAUGUUAUAGUGGCAAGUGAUGGCUUUAUAGUUGCAAUGCUUCUGCAAUUAUGCUCACAAAUUGAAAUACUAAUACAUCGAAUGAACAUGUUUCCUAAAUUGUACAAAUCGGAAUUUAAAGAUUAUUCCGAACAUCAACACUUAUUUCUUGUCGAUUGGAUACAGCAUCAUAAUUCUCUUUAUUUUUUUCGAAAUAAAUUAAACGAUCUCUUUGGAAUUGUGUUCUUUUGUCAAUUAUUCGUGACAACAUUGGAGGUUUGUUCGGGUACUUAUUUGCUGGCAACAUUCAGUGUAACUUCGGUUAAAUUUUGGUCAAUGAUACUAUCAUUGUCAUUUAUAAUGACUGAAAUUUAUGUUUUUUGCUGGCACGGGAAUUUAGUUAUGGAAAAGAGUAAAGAAAUUGGGUAUGCAGUCUUCAGUACUGAUUGGACUUUACUGUCCAGUAAAUCAAGAAAAAGUUUGGUCUACAUUAUUAAACGAUCCAAUGUACCAAUUAAAUUUACUGCUGGACCAAUUGUUCCGCUUUCGAUUGAUACAUUUACCUCGAUUCUUCGAUUAGCUUACUCAAUCUAUAAUUAUUUGAUGCGUCAACAAGAAACAGAAUUACAAAAAACAGAAACCUGAUAUUUUUACUACAAGAAUUUUUUAAUGUCCCUAUAUUCGGAAAUGUGUUGUGGAAUUAAUGCUUGGCUCCUGGUAUAGCAACAGUUUUCAUUUUUUUGGAAGGGAAAAUAUAUUUUUGAAGUUUCUGAAUAUGGAAAUACAGUAACAGGCUCAAAUAAAACAUGCAAGUCGGAAUUACCUUUUUCUUGUGGUAGACAUCAGGAAUAAAUUUUCGUUCAAGUUGCAUGUUCAGUUUCAACUUGUUUUGCAUUUUCAAAUUCAAAUAACCCAGUAGAGCAUAAAAUGAUAAUUAAAAACCUAAUGUCGAUAAAUAAAAAUACAAAAAAUUAUCAAGAUGUAUUGUAAUAAGCAGAGACCCUAAAAAUUGGAUACUUGAAGCAUUUGUAAAUUACUAGAAAGUUUGUAAUUUAAUAAACAAUUUUUAAAGAAACAGAUAACAUCAAAUUAUUAAUACACAUUGUCCUCUUACUCACUCUAUUAAUUCAGUUUGGUAAUUUUGGUUUUUAUUAAU